AUGGCACUGUCAUUCUUGUGUGAAGAACUCAUGGUUGAAAUUCUGUCAUGGCUUCCAGUGAGAUCUCUUAUGCAAUGCAGAUGCGUGAGCAAGUCGUUUAAAUCCCUCAUCUCAGAUCCAAGUUUCGUGAAACUGCACCUUCAAAGAUCACCCAACAACACCAACUUCCUAAUACGUUACAGAACUCCGAAACAUGACUUUGCCCUUCCUUGCUCUCUUCGUUCUUUAUUAGAGGGUCCUCUUUCUGACAUUGCCCUAAAGCAAGAAGAGAAGUACAAGGUUGCUGGCUCCUGCAAUGGGUUGGUCCUUUUGUUCGCUUUGUCUAACACCUCUUCCACACGCACAUACAAGUUUCUCUUAUGGAACCCUGCCAUUAGAAAAACAUUUCAAGUCCCACAUUAUAUAAUUCCAAUCAAUCCAAACAGAUAUGACUUCAUAAAAUGGUUUGGGUUUGGCUAUGACAAUCUAAGUGAUACGUACAAGGUUGUAAUUGUCUUUGAGCAUUCUAUGCAUGGUUCACAGAAACUCAGUGAGGUCAAAGUUUGCAACCUAGGUGACAAUAAUUGCUGGAGAAAGAUUCAAAGUCUCCCUCCUUAUGAUGAUUUAAAUCGAAGUCAAAAUUCUUGUGGAGUAUACCUAAAUGGUACUCUUAAUUGGAUAGUCACAACACAUCAUAUAUCCAGUGAACUGGUUAUGAUUUCACUUGAUCUUGGGAAUGAGACGUACACACAAUUUUUGCUGCCUCGCAUUUUUGAAGGACACGACUUUCGGCUUUUGCAUUUGAAGGAUUGUUUGAGUCUUUCUUUUGUCAAUUCCAAGAGAAACAGAUUUUGCAUAUGGCAAAUGAAGGAGUUUGGGAAUCAAAAAUCUUGGACUCCAUUACUGAACUUGUCUUUACGUCAAGAUCUCCAAAUUACUUCUAAGUAUUUGUCUUUUGUGCAACCGUUGUGCAUGUUUGAGAAUGGUUGUCUACUCGUGAUUAGCAGCACCACAACUCUUCAAGCAAUUAUUUAUGAUGGGAGAGAUAAUACAGUAAAACAUAGUAAACUUACCAACAAGAUAUUUCAGGUCUACGCUAUGAAUUAUGUUCAAAGCUUGGUUUUCCCAAGAACAUAUUAG